UAUUGUAACAUUGAUGAUUUUUCGUAUAUAAAAAAGCCUCUGCUUUUACAAAUUUAUUUUUUUUUUUAAAAAAAAAAUUACAUCUCAUUAGACUUUAGAAAUGGUUAAAAACAAUAAUAAAGGCACAGGCCCUAGUGAUGACUCGAGCUCGAAGUCGAGCGGAUUUGCUUUGACGAUUACACCUUUCACUGGACUUACUUUGUUAGCGUUACUUGUUGCCGUGUUAUUCUCAUGGGAUCAAUAUAGAGGUGGAGAUUUAGCAGUUUGCGAUUUAAUUAAACCGGAUUAUAAUGAUAGAACCGAAUGGAUUACUAUGCCUGAUCAUAGAAACAAGGAAGAGUAUCUUAAAUAUGAACCAGGAACCUUUGUUUACAGACACAUAUAUAUGGAAAAUUUUGAGGAAGUAUUUGGCGUGAAACCAAUAUAUUUUCCAAUCAUUGAUGAUGAUAUUUCUCCUUAUUUGGCCAAGCAUAAUCUAAGAGCCCGUUUAUUAAAUUCCACUGAUAUUAAUCAAAGUACUGUUCAAGCACUUCUUAGAGAAUCUGAUAAUUAUAUUCCACAAGUUGAAAAGAUAAAAUAUGAGGUCGGAAAUGGAACUUUUGUCGAUGAUGGUGGAAUUUAUAUUCGUUGGAUUAAUGAUAUUGUAAGAUAUGGAAUGUAUGCUUCCAAAACUUUCCAAAGAAGAGAUAUAUUGGGAGUCUAUUCUGGAUUGGUAACACGUCAACUCACUGAUCUUGAAUAUGCUUGGGAAUUCAAUUAUCUUGUUGAUGUCAAAGAUGAAGAAGAUAAGAAGAUAAGAGUUUGUAUUGAUGCAAAACACAUGGGAAAUUAUAUGCGUUUCGCUAAUCACAGAGAUACAAAUCAAAAUGGAGAUCAACUUUACGUUGUUUAUAAUGAUCUUUGGCACGUCCUUUAUAUCGCUCAAGCGGAAAUUAAACUCCAUGAACAAAUUUUUGUCAACUAUGGACAAGGAUACUGGGAAAACAAAAAGAAAUAUGACUUUUAAGGAAAAAAACGUCGACAUAUCUCUAAAAAGUUCGAAUAAUUUAGUAAUAAUUUAUACUAACACAAAAUUUUUUUUUUUAAUUUUGUGUCAAAUUUAAUUGUAUUUAAAAAGUAGAAAAAAAAAGAAAAAAAAAUUUUUUAAAUAAUUUGUUUUAUUUCAGUUAUAGAAUAUUGAUUUAUUUACAUAUG